AUGUUUACUUUAGCUGAUACUUGGCCUUUUGAAUCAAAAGAAGAUUCGAUAGAAAUAAUCGAAUCACAAAAACAACAACAAUUACAAUUACAGCAAAAUCAACAAACUCUAAAAGAAAAAGAACAACAAUUAGAACAAUAUCAACAACUACAACAAAAGCAAUCGGAACAAUAUCAACAAAUAAUAAUAGAAAACGACCAACUAUUGCAACAAUUACAACAAUUACAACAACUACAUCAAAAGCAAUCGGAACAACAUCAACAAGAAAUAAAAGAAAACAACCAACUAUUAAAACAAUUACAACAAUUACAACAACUACAACAAAAGCAAUCGGAACAAUAUCAACAAACAAUAAAAAAACAAGACCGACAAUUAAAACAAUAUCAAAAAUUACACGAAAAAAAUCAAAAUAAAAAAUUAAUACUACAAAAACAAAAUAAACAAUUAAUACUACAAAAAUAA